AUGUGGGUCGUGUGGGUUAAGAACAGGGUCACCCACAGUGCUUUGCCUGCCUCCAUCACACCAAUGGAGGCGUGGUCCGGCCAAAAGCCGCAUGUGGGCAUGGCUCGGAUUUGGGGUUGCAUGGGGAGUGUCAUGCUGCAUGGGCAUGAGAAGGGUGGCAAGCUUGAUGCACGGGCUGUCAUGUGUGUCUGUGUUGGGGUGGAUAUGGAGAGCAAGGGUUGGCGCAUGCUGGACCCUUCUCUCAUGCGCAUUCGCAUUGCUCGGGAUGUUGAUUUUCUUGAGAAUGUGAUGUGGAAGGAUUGGGACAAGGCAAAUGGAUUUGGGGAGCUUCUGCAGGAUGCAGCUGCGAUUUCCCAACUCCUCCCUCUUCCACUCUCGCCACCCUCAGCAACGGCCACCGACACCGCUGAGUGUGUCGGUGCAGCAGCAGCCCACCCCUCUGCAGCAGCUCAGUGGCCCCUCGGUCAUUCAGCGGAGAUCCGCUACACAUGCUACUUCCUCUUCCUCCUCCUCUGGUCAGCGCUCUGUCCCUCUCUCUACGGGUGCCCCUCCGUCACCAGCGACUACCUCCCCACCACCGGUUACGGGGCCCUGCGUGGAAGGCAGGCGCUGAGAAGGAGGUAA